AUGACAUCUUCCACUAGCUUAAAAGCAGUCUGGGAUAAAAUCCAUAAAAUUAAUGGAAAAUAUGCUUCCCACUCUCUGUCCAUGCUGGAAAAUAAUGGCACAAUAAUCAGCGAUAUACAAAGUAUUGCUGAUACAUUGGUUGAUUGUACAGUAUUAGAUACUCAGCUGAGAAGGUUAUUUGAAGCUCGCUCAAGCAGUGUUCCUUUAUUCGCCAUAAGAAUAGAGAAUGUGAGCAGCACGAUUGACCUGAACACAGGCAACAUUUUACAGCUAGAGGUCUGUAAUAUAUCUUUUUGGUCAACUCCUGUGAUAAAUGUUGACCUUAGCUUAAAGCAAUUUCCAAAGGAAUCCACCCCAGACUAUGUCUACAAACAGCACUUUGCAGAAAUUCAACACCAUGACAGGAAUUUAAUUUCUAUUUAUACAGAUGGAUCUAAAUCUGAUGAUUACGUUGGCUCAGCUUUCGUCUGCCAGGAUGAAAUUGUGGCAGAACAAAUUGCGUUGAAUUCUUCCAUCUUUUCUGCAGAGUUGCAUGCUAUUUAUUUAGCUUUAAAGUAUAUAAAUAGGAAAGGUCAUCGUUCCUGUGUUAUUUACACUGACUCAGUUAGUGCACUUCAGGCUUUGAUUUCAUGUGAACCUAGUUCUCACUCUAUAGUGAUUAAAAUUCGUAAGCUCUUUUGCCAUCUUACUGCGAGUAAUUUCUUUGUAAAAUUUUGUUGGGUCCCAGGCCAUGUAGGUAUAAAAGGGAAUGAAGAAGCUGACGCAGCUGCAAAGUCAGCUACUCCUUUACAGCAUAUAAUGCGUAUUGAAGGAGUCGAUUUGAAGCUAGUAGUUAAAAAACGACUAGCAGAGAGAUGGCAAAACGUGUGGAAUGCACAAGUCCACAAUAAACUACAUGAGAUCAAGCCAAAUAUAGAAAAUUGGACACAUAAUAAACAGUAUGACAGGAGAUCUGAAGUAAUUCUUACUCGUUUGAGAAUUGGGCAUACUCGGUUGACUCAUCAAUACCUUUUGAAGGGUGAAGACCAGCCAGUAUGCGAGUAUUGCAACUGCUUUCUAAGUGUAAAACACAUGCUUUGCAACUGCACAGCUUUGGAUCAAAGUCAUAGACAGCAUUUUGGAAAUGCAAGUUUGAGAGAGAUUUUGCGCCAGAGGCCAAAUCUUCACAAAUUAUAUAACUUUUUGAAAGUGAAUAAUAUUUAUAAACAGAGGUUUAAUUUUCUCGCGCCGUUUUAUAAUCGUCUCAUUUGCAAGGGAAUUGUUUCAAAUCCGACGGGAAGUGCUACGGAUUCUUCCCGUUUAGAUAUGGUUGUUGGCUUCCGCUCAUCUUCUCUCUCCUCAGGAAUGUUGGAAAGCGGUGUAGCCUUCACAGUAAUCGGUAACCGUUCGGUCAUCUCCGUUAUGUCGGGUUCUAUUCAUUCUUCUCUUUUGAAAGAUGGAUAA